GGAGGGAAGAAGGAAGGAUGGAAAGGAGGGAGGGAAGAAGAGGGAAAAAGCCAAUACGUCAUUUAUAAGGCAUUUAGAAAGCCAUAGCACGCCUGUCAAAAUAGUACUGUACACACAGAACCAUCCUCAGUAGAAAAAUCCUGGAAAUUCUUAUGUGGCAGGCAGGUUCUACUUCCUGGUAGGGACAGAGACUGGUGGUGUCUGUCUGUCAUGGUCAUGAAAUUACUGGCAGAUUUCUAGGAGGUUUCUGGCCCAUUGGAUGACUUUAAGACUUGCACACCUCCCCUGAAGAUUCAAGGCAGGAAUGUAAGUGAAGUUAAAAAUUAAGUUCUCAGCUUUGACCUAGGGAGAUCAAAAGAUAUGAAGAAUUUAAAUGGCUGAAAUUAGCAAAUCCUGUAAUUCAGUAUUUUUAAAAGUUGAGAGGAAAGUCUGCACAGGGGAAGAAGGAAUCGCUUUUCUGUCCUGAAUCAGUGGAUAGAGAACAAACCCUUCAGCAAGAAGAGAAGCAACCGGAACACCCUUAUGUAAAUGGAUAACCAGGUCCCUCCCAGGAAAGUUCCAAAUUUUUGUUCCAUUCGUUAUGGAAUUGCUCUCUUACUGCUCCUCUGUAAUGUUAUAGUAAUGUCACAGCGCGUGUGUAUGAGCCUCACAAUGAUAGCCAUGGUGAACAGCACAGAGCCACAUGGUUUGUCCAACACCUCCACAAAGGAGCCACAGGAUAACAUAAAGAAAAAGAAGAGGCAGCUCAAGCUGUGGAGCUUGGAACAUUUCUUUGGCACAUUCACCCCCAUCCCCACCCACCAUGGAACCUGCUGCUAUAAUCCAGGACAGUUGAUCUUCUUCAAAUAUGAGUCACAGGAAAGGAUUUCAGUUUGCUGCUCUACAAAGAACCCUGUGUAUAACUGGAGCACUGAAAUCCAGGGGAUCAUGUUAAGUUCCAUCUUCUACGGUAUACUCAUCAGCCAGAUUCCUGCUGGAUAUUUAUCUGGAAUAUACUCCUUAAAGAAAAUGGUUGGUUCUGCAUUGCUCCUCAGCUCUCUGUUUACUCUGCUCAUCCCACUGGCAGCUGAAUUUGGAGAAGCUUUGGUCAUCAUAUGCCGAGUAAUCCAGGGACUAUUCCAGGGGAUAGCAUUAACAACUCAGCAAGUAGUAUGGAUCAAGUGGGCUCCUCCCUUGGAACAAGUCCGACUUACCUCUCUGAGUUUAUCAGGACUUCUGCUAGGACCCUGUGUUGUCCUACUUAUAACAGGAUUCAUCUGUGACUCCCUGGGAUGGCCUAUGGUCUUUUAUAUUUUUGGUGCUUGUGGUUGUGCCUUAAGUCUUCUCUGGCUCGUUCUGUUUUAUGAGGACCCAAAGGACCACCCAUGUAUAAGCAAAAGUGAGAAGGAAUACAUCACGUCUGCCCUCGCCCAGCAGGUCAGUUCAAGUGCACCAUCUCUGCCCAUCAAGGCUGUGCUUAAGUCUCCUCCACUCUGGGUCAUUUCCCUCUGUAAUUUUGCUUUUUUCUGGGCAAAUAGCUUCCUGAGUCUGUAUAUACCAAUGUUUAUCAACUCCAAGUUUCAUAUUAAUGUAAAAGAGAAUGGGCUGCUGUCUUCCCUCCCCCAUUUGUUUGCCUGGAUUUUUGCUAUCCUAGCAGGUCAUAUGGCAGACGUCUUCCUGUCCAGGAAUAUUCUCAGCCUACUCACCAUCCGGAAACUCUUCACCUUGCUAGGACUUCUCCUGCCCGCCCUCUUCAGCCUGUGCCUGCUUUACCUGAGUUCCAGCUUCCAUGGCACUAUGAUUUUCCUGAUACUUGCUAAUGCAACAGGAAGCUUUUGUAUGGGUGGAAUAUUAAUAAAUGUCUUGGAUAUUGCUCCCAGAUAUUACGGAUUUCUUAAAGGAUUUACAAAUGUAAUUGGACUAACAGGAGGACUAGUUGCUUCCACUGUGACUGGAGUGAUCCUUAGUCAGGAUCAAGACUCUCCCUGGCUUAAAAUCUUCUUCAUGAUGGUAGCCAAUAAUGUGAUAAGCCUAAUCUUCUACCUUAUAUUUGCUAAAGCAGAAAUUCAAGACUGGGCUAAAGAAACACAAAACACUUAUCUCUGAAGGUAUAAAAGACCUCCCAUUGGAUGAGACAUUGGCUUCCCUGAGACCAAGGUAUCUCCCAUGUAAUUUGGUGGUUCGUUACCUGAAGAUGAAAUGUGUCCUAUUGACUGUGAACGGUCCAUGGAUGGUCCCUGGGAGCUAUAUUUGGAAGUCUCAGUCAUCUGGUAUUUACCUAUAUCAGAGCUGAAUGUUUCUCCUGCUAUCCUGUAUCCUCUACCUUUAUUAAAGCCUUACAUGAGCACGCCCUCUGAAGUUUACGAGUCCUUUCAGUGAUCCAGCCCUGUGUAACUGCUGCAUUCCCCAACAGAAAGAAAUUGGUGUGAGUCUCCCACAGUUGAACUGUGAGUGUGGCCACUGACUUCUCCUGUUUUCAUCUGGAAAAACUAAGUUCGCAGAGGUUGGCUAGCUUUGGGUCCCUUCCAGGAAUUAUUUGGAUGUACGGCUGGUGCUGAAAUUUCCUGUGACCCAUAGCAUGUGUCACAUUUUACCCAUGUGUCAGAGCAGCUUUAGGGAUGAUCACAGGUCUCUACCGAGGAGCAAUAUCCAUGAAGUUGACAAGGGCUCCUGAUUGGCUGAGGCUUUUGGUGGCAGAAGACAGUAUCAAGAAGGCCAUGGUGGCACUGAAGCUGGAUCUGACCCAGAAAAGGGACACGAAGAACGCAGAUGGGAGGAGAACCCCUGGGGCAGGAGAACAAACACAGUGAAUAGGAAGCUUCCCUGAGCAUCCCACAUCCACCCCCACCCCCACCAUGUCUACCUUGGUUCUUACCUAUGGCAGUGAAGAGUUUCCUGAUGGUAUUGAGUCUGAGGAUUUUUCUGGAGAGGAGAAAAUCUGCCAGUAGACCUCCAUGGACAAUGCAGAUACAGGCAGAAACAAACGGCGGGGCUGACAGCAUCCCACUCUGAGAACCAGAGCUCAGGUGAGGUGCAUGCCUCACUACACCCACCAUGACACAGACUGAUCCCUGGGUGGAUUGUCUACAUCUAUAGCUUUUCUUUUAUAUACACAUCACCUUCAAUAUGAAUUUCUGGAAUAAGCCAAUAUAAUUUUAGUGCCUGAGGAAAAAUAUGCAUACAGUUCAAUUUGAAAAAAAAAAUGGACCAAUGCUGUCUUCAUAUAUAAGGAUCAUGUAGAAAUAGAUAUUAAAAAGAACAAAAGCCAGUAGAAAAAUAGUCAAAGGAUAUGAAUGGACCAUUUACAGAAAAAGAAAAAUAAGUGAUUUCUAACAUAUUAAAAGGUAUCCACCCUCAUAAUAGUAAAACUACUGUGAGAUACCAUUUUAUCAAACGGCCAAAAGUGCAACAGUGUUUUGACAUGAUCUGUGGUGACGCCAGGGGGUAUCAGGUACUUCCAAAUAUUAUCAAUGCCCAAUGGAGGGCAAUUUGACAAUAAAUAUAAAAGUUUAUAGUGGAGAUAGAUCAAGAUAGUGGAGUAAGAGGACGUGGAGCUCACCUCACCCCAUGAAACAUCAAAAAUACAUCUACAUGUGGAGCAAUUCUCACUGAAAACAAACUGGAGACUGGCAGAAAGACUCUUAUACAACCAAGUCUGUAAGAAAGUUUUGCAUGUAAUUGGGUAGGAAGGGAGAGAAGUGAUCAGAUCGGGACCUACACUCCUGGGAGGGUACACAGAAGAGGAGGGGGAAUUACACAGGCUCAGAGAUCCUCCCUGGGGAGUGAGUGGUGAGAACCACUGAGCACUACGCCCUAGGGUCUGGCACUAGGAGGACAAGUCUCCUUAGCUGAUUCGAAAAACUGGGAUUGAUAGCAGGACUAUAACAAACCAAGACUCCGCUCAUGAAGAGCGUGCACACACUGGCUUACUCCCAAAACAAAGGCAGAGGAAGCAGACUGAAACUGAUAGGGACUCUGGCUGGUUUCCCACCACUGCCUAACGCACACCCCAGCUUGAGCAGAGCACCUGCUCCAGCCCCUCUUGCUCCCAGUGCAGCUCCACACUGGAGAGAGGGCUGCCAUGGCUGAGAGGCGUAUGCAGUUGUGAGGGAAAGAGAUAG